GAUGGCGGCGCCCGCAGCUGCUCCGGAGCCGCAAGCUUCUGGGGGUCCCCGGCCCCCAGUGUGUCUGUUGGUGUUGGGAAUGGCGGGAUCUGGGAAAACUACUUUUGUUCAGAGGCUUACGGGACAUCUGCAUAGUCAAGGCUUUCCACCUUAUGUAAUCAACCUGGACCCAGCUGUGCAUGAAGUUCCUUUUCCUGCCAAUAUUGAUAUUCGGGACACUGUGAAGUAUAAAGAGGUCAUGAAACAAUAUGGACUUGGACCUAACGGUGGUAUAGUGACUUCACUCAAUCUCUUUGCCACCAGAUUUGAUCAGGUGAUGAAAUUUAUUGAGAAGGCCCAGAACAUGUCCAAAUAUGUCUUAAUUGACACACCUGGACAGAUUGAGGUAUUCACCUGGUCAGCUUCUGGGACAAUCAUCACUGAGGCCCUGGCAUCGUCAUUCCCAACAGUUGUGAUUUAUGUCAUGGACACAUCGAGAAGUACCAACCCAGUGACCUUCAUGUCCAAUAUGCUGUAUGCCUGCAGCAUCUUAUACAAAACCAAGCUACCUUUCAUUGUGGUCAUGAAUAAAACUGACAUCAUCGAUCACAGUUUUGCCGUGGAAUGGAUGCAGGAUUUUGAGGCUUUUCAGGAUGCUUUGAAUCAAGAGACUACGUAUGUCAGCAACCUGACUCGUUCAAUGAGUCUGGUGUUAGAUGAAUUUUACAGCUCACUCAGGGUGGUGGGUGUCUCUGCUGUUCUGGGAACUGGCCUAGAUGAACUCUUUGUGCAAGUCACCAGUGCUGCCGAAGAAUAUGAAAGGGAGUAUCGGCCUGAAUAUGAACGUCUGAAGAAGUCACUGGCCAGUGCCCAGAGCCAGCAGCAGAAGGAACAGCUAGAGCGCCUGCGCAAAGACAUGGGCUCCGUGGCCUUGGACCCGGGGGCGGCCGCAGACAGCCUUUCUCCUGUGCUGGAUCCUUCUGAUUUGAUCCUGACGCGGGGAACCUUGGAUGAGGAGGAUGAGGAAGCUGACAGUGAUACUGAUGAUAUUGACCAUCAAGUCACAGAGGAAAGUCAUGAAGAACCAGCAUUCCAGAAUUUCAUGCAAGAAUCAAUGGCACAAUACUGGAAGAGAAAUAACAAAUAGACUCUAGAAGUCUGAAGUUUUGGUAUUAACUCUGUGAAAGAACUGUUUGUUCAGCAUGGCAGUCUCUCCUGUUAGGAAAAUCUGACUGAUGAAGACCCUGGGACUAACCGGUGAAUGCGAUUCGCUUUGCCCUCACCUUGGAUUUAUGUAAAGAAGGAUAUUCUGACAGUUCUUGGAUGUGGAGAUCCUUUGAGAUCUGAAACGUCAAGUUUUAUCAUUUGAACUCAAGCACUUUUUCUACUGAUGGAUAGAACAGAGAGAAAGUACUGAACUUCAGGCCUCUAUUAGUGACUGGAUGUCCAGCCUCUGCCUCCCCAGUAUCUUGUGCCCCACACUCGGCAGCUCACCAUAGGGCGCUGGGUUCGUUGAAGGAAGUGGACAUGAAUGAAUAAGAGAAAUGAGUAAGAUAAUUCUUUCCAGGGGGACUUAGAUAAAGAGUUUUUAAUUUUAACUUUGUAAGCUUGUUUGUCAUAAAUCUAAAUAAGGAAAUUUGUAAGCGUAAAUAACUCCACAAAGAGGUUUGAUGUCACAAGUCUAAACAUGUCUUAACAGGGACGUGAUGUUUCCCAGACACACACCCCUAGUAAGGAGAUACAGAGCCAGACUCUGUUUGUAUUGUUUUUGAUGUCAAAAUUUAUAACAGAUGCUUGGUGUUAAUUUACACACAAUUCAGCUUUUGGUGUAAGGAAGUUCUUUGGCUGUAAGAAAGAACACUUUGGUUACUAGUAGGGUUAUCUUAAUGCUGGGAUGGCCUUGGGAUUUCUUUGGCUGUUGAUUCUUGCAUAGAUAUCUGUGACUGUAUGAAUGGAGAUGACUGUAGAGGUUCUCAUGUUUACUCCAAGUGAAAAUACAUAUCUGGUUACGAGAGUAAUGGGUAGAUAAUAAACUGGCAAGGUCACUGCCCAGUAUUUUUGAGCCCAAAAGCUUAAACCUAAGGAGUUUAGCCAAGAUUCAGGAAUGAAAGCCCACACAAGACAGAGAAUGAAGUCAAAUUUGGAGCUUAAGAAAAGGACAAAGCGGCAGGUUAAAGCACAGCACUAAGAAGCUAAAACCACUUCCACAUGAGUUCGAUCCCUGC